UCGCAGUGCCUAUCAAUCAGCAACGAACGCUGCAAGCCGCAUCGCUAUUUGUCAAUUUUUAAUGAAUUUGAAGUUUUUAGGUUUUUUUAGUUUUUACACACACUUGCGUUUCGAUUGCGACCUACAAAGUUGCGAGUAGAAGUACAUAUAAAUAAAUGCAUUAAUAAUAAACAAAAUAAAGAACCAGUACAUACAGAACAGCGAUAACAAGUGAAGUGUAAGAUACGAAAAUGCUUUGCUUAUCAGUAGUAUUUGAACCUUGCAAUAAAUCGUAACACAUUUAAUAAUUUUGUUUACUGCCGUUUAAUAAUGUUAAAAUUAAAAUUAUUGAUAUUUCUUGUUGUCUAUUCAAAUUCUUUACUAAAUCCGUGCAGGGGCAUUCCUAUAGUAAUAACGACAUGGAGAUUCACAAAUGCUACUGCAAGAGCAUGGGAUAUUCUAAGCCAAGGAGGAACAUCUCUUGAUGCGGUAGAAAAAGGUGCCUCAGUGUGUGAAGAAUUGCAAUGUGAUCUAACAGUUGGUUAUGGAGGUAGCCCAGAUGAAAAUGGUGAAACCACACUUGAUGCAAUGAUUAUGGAUGGAAAAACCAUGAAUGUCGGGGCAGUAGGAGCAUUACGAAGAAUUAAAAAUGUUAUAUCAGUGGCUCGUCAUGUUCUAGAACAUUCCAAGCAUUCUUUUCUAGUUGGAGAAUUGGCAACGGAAUUUGCCUUGCAAAUGGGUUUUACAGAAGAAAGUUUGACUACACCAGAGUCAAAAAAAAUGUGGAUGAAAUGGCGAAAUGAAGAUAACUGUCAGCCUAACUUCUGGAUGAAAGUCCAACCAGAUCCAACAAAGUACUGUGGUCCAUACGAGAAGUUAGAAACUCUUAAACAUAAAAAUCAUCUAUCUAGAAGAAUAAUUGAUCAUAGAAUAAUAGACGAACAUAAUCAUGACACAAUUGGCAUGGUGGCCAUUGACCAUGCAGGCAAUAUUGCAGCUGGAACUUCAACCAAUGGGGCCAAGUUUAAAAUGCCUGGGUUAGCAUUUAAAAUAAGAAUCGGUGAUUCUCCUAUACCUGGUGCCGGUGCCUAUGCCGAUAAUAAUGUAGGGGGCGCUGCAGCGACUGGUGAUGGCGACGUGAUGUUGCGAUUCUUACCCAGUUUUCUGGCGGUCGAAGAAAUGCGUCGUGGUUCAACGCCUCAGGAGGCUGCUCUAACAGCGGUGAAAAGAAUAGUUGAUCACUACCCAGCCUUCAUGGGAGCUGUUAUUGCUAUUUCAAAGAAUGGAAAAUAUGGUGCUGCGUGUAAUGGGAUACCAAAAUUUCCUUUUGUGGUUCAAGAUGGAACACAAGAUAUGUACAGAGUGAAUAUAGUUGAUUGUUUGUAAAACGUAUAUUCACUACUAUUAUAAUGUUUGAAAUAUUUAAUAAAAUUCUGUUUUAUUUUCAAAACCA